AAAUAUGAAUAGGAAGUGUUAAAAAUGAAUUUGGCAAGGGAUGAAAAGGCAAAUACGAUAGAUACUGAUAGAGAUAUACGCGACCGCCUUCAUCUGCAGCAACAAAAUCUCCCCUCAUUUCAUAAAAGAUUACAAAUAAUAAUCAGUGUAUUGGGGAUUCAGGCGGUGGCGAUGAUGAGGGGUUUACGGAGGUUGAUGACAUCAUCAGGGCAUCUUGGUGCAAAAUCACGCUAUACACCUCGCCGUCUAUUAUACCUUUCUUCUUCGUCCAAUCAUCAGCAUCUUUUCUCUCCUCCUAAUUUCACUUCUUCUCCUAAUGUUGUUCCUUCGCACACGUCAUCAUCUGGAUUAACCAAUUUCAUUACAGGGCAGAAGAGGACAAUGUUUAUCCAAACACAAUCCACUCCUAAUCCUUUAUCCUUGAUGUUCUACCCUGGGAAGCCAGUUAUGGAAGUCGGGAGUGCAGACUUCCCAAAUGCUCGUACGGCUAUGAAUUCACCAUUGGCCAAGGCCCUCUUUGGAAUUGACGAAAUAACUCGCGUGUUCUUCGGCUCAGACUUUGUAACUGUAACAAAGUCAGAUGAUGCGAGCUGGGAUCUUCUAAAACCUGAAAUAUUUGCAGCAAUUAUGGACUUUUACUCAUCUGGGAAGCCACUGUUUCUGGACUCGACUACUGCAGCUUCCAUGGAUACUGCUAUUCAUGAAGAUGACUCGGAAAUUGUUGCAAUGAUUAAAGAACUAUUGGAAACUCGUAUACGACCUGCUGUGCAGGACGAUGGUGGGGAUAUCGAGUACAUUGGAUUUGAUCCCGAAUCUGGAGUUGUGAAGCUAAAGAUGCAAGGAGCAUGUAGUGGAUGCCCCAGUUCAUCCGUCACUCUGAAAUCAGGCAUUGAGAAUAUGCUGAUGCAUUAUGUGCCGGAGGUUAAAGCUGUCGAGCAGGAAUUUGACGAUGAAGAUGAAAAUGGAGAAUUGACGAGCCAGCUGGACUGAGAGUAAAACUUUCAUCUUGAAGGGCAUUGAGAUUGUGACCGUAUCUUAUUGGCGUGUUGAAUAAUAGUUGAUUUCGAACCUUGAGAUUGUUGAAACAACCAGUAACUAAUCGAAAUGAACAUUGUAUACGAGAAAGAUGUUUUGGAUCGGUUAAUUGGUUUAGUACUGGUUCACAAAUUGUUCUUUUUCAUAUCUACGGUCAUUCAUGGGAAAGUAUGGUCUUGAUUAAUUACAUUGAUUUAAGUAUGGUCUUGAUAAAUUACAUGGAUUUUGAA